AUCGCCACCGUGGAGGCGGUUUUUGCAUUGCGCGCGUUCACGCGGUUCUCCUGGCCUGCCCAGUAUCCCAGUGCGCUCGUGCCCGCUCCAGGCUGGUGGAAAAAACUGCAGCGGCUGUUAACCGGAGCCACGCAGAGAAAUCACUGGCACUGGCAAGGAGUUGAGCUAUACGAACACACACGCACGUACACGCUCGGAUUUUCGUUAUUCCUGGCGAGGACGACGUUGUCAAAAACCGGGAUUUACGGCCGCCAAGAAGUGGUUGUAUCCGGCGUCUGAAAAAGGAAAAUUGUCUGCAGCCUUUUUCGAGACGCCCCGUGGCUUCGUCUGAAUCAGCGAGUUCUGGUGCUUUCAGGCCCACAACAGGGAGCUGCGUAGCCCGGCAGGAUCCUGAAGUCGCCGCGCUCUCCACUUCACCAACUGGGACUCCUCCAUGGCUGCCAGUGCUGCCGCUUGAUUCCCAACACUGUCCAGUGUCCCCCACAUUCAAGGUUGGAAUAGUGUUCAUCAUUGUUGCACUACCGUAGCUUCAUGGAGGGGUUUCCUGUCCACUGACUCAGCCGGCUGCCUCACUGGACCAGCAGCCAUGUCCGCCUGCAGCACCUUUACCGAACACGUGUGGAAACCAGGCGAGUGCAAGAACUGCUUUAAACCCAAGAGUCUGCAUUGUUUGGCUCAGAGUAGUGGAGGGAAGCCUCCUUCUGAGCAGAGGUCCUCAACAAUACAGCAACAGAAUCCACCCCCUGCUGGGACUCGAGCAAACACUAAUCUUACCAUCAGCUCCCAGAGGGCUGGCAGUGGGACUGCGCGCUCAGGACACUUCCGUCCACCGGUGGCCAAGAAGCCAACCAUUGCCGUUAGGCCCACUAUGAUGCUGCCUUGCUCCUCUGCAGGACUGGAUUCAGAUGGCAACCUGCAACGACCACCAAAUGUUAUAGAACUGGGAAAAACAUCAGCCUUCACGGUCUGGAAUCGCAAUGGACUGAACUGUAAGAGGCCUGGUGGGCCCAGCAACAACAACGAAGGAGAAGAUGGCAGUGAGGAGAUUGAAGGUUAUGGGCUACUUAGCCCAAGGACCCCUAGUGGAAAUAACAACAACAGUGGACUUACAGAUGUCCUAAAAGAAAUUGCUGGGUUAGGCCCUGGCCCUAGCACCUCACCCCUUUCUGGUUCCAAGGACUUGUUUUGGGGACGAAUCAGUAGUUCAUACCAACGGUCAUUGGAAAGAGGCCUUCCGGCGUCGAGCUGUCUCGCCAUGGGAAGCAUCAGUUAUGUCGGUGGUGGCGCUGCUCAAAAACGUGUAUCACUUAGCAACAGCUCUGAGGUCAUCAGCAAAGAAGGUGGUCGCUUCUGCUACCCCGAGUUUUCCAGUGAAGAUGAUGAGGAAGAGGAUGAUGAUGAGGACGAAGAGACUGAAAGGGAUGACGAUGAACAUGAAAGCUGGGAUGAAAGCGAUGAAGAGUUACUAGCCAUGGAGAUCCGUAUGCGAGGCCAAGCGCGAUUUUCAAAUUUCCGUGCUGCCACGAUGUCUCCGGUGCCCUUUGCUGCGGGGAAAAAGUGGAAUACUGUGCCACUUCGCAACCGUUCACUACAGCGGAUUUGUGCAGUGGACUAUGAUGAUAGCUACGAUGAGAUCUUGAAUGGAUACCCCUCAAUGGACUCCAAUGGAGCUCUCCUUCCUUAUGGCCCCCAUGACAUGCAAGGCAGCGGUUUCUUAUCAAAUUCGGAGUCUACCACGUUUACGGAGUCCUCGUCAUCCCGACCGGAAGAUUCUCAAACAACUUCGAGCAGUGGGAGCGGUGCCCCCUUUACUCUUCGAAAUGGCUUGCAUUCUCCCACAUCUCCUAAGGCACCUGUUGUCUGCACUUCUCCCCCCAAAAAGGAGACCGUCCAUAGAGCACUGAGUCCACUCAAGGUGACCGAAACACACAAGGCGGUCCUGGCCAUCAGAUUAGAAGAUCAGGAUGGCAAAGAAGGCACACCGAUGCCCCAGGCCCUUCCAGGUCAACCUGUCACAAUCAGUUUUAGUCCCACAGAGGAGCAGGCUAAACCGUACCGUAUAGUGAAUUUGGAAAAAUCCCCGAUCUGUAAGCCUUACACUGUGGUGGACGUGUCGGCAUCCAUGGCCAACAAAGACGAACAGACUCUCGACUCUAUUCCCAAACCUAAAAACCUGUCAAAGCCUUUCAGCCCUGCAUCGUUUUCUAGCACACCUUUAGGUCAGCCCCUGUCUCCAAUCUCCCCUCUCUCUCCUUUUUCUCCUGUGAUGCCAACAUCACCCACAUCUGUAGCAAUGCCAGGUACCUCCCGUAAGAAGUCAGGGAACAUACGCUACCAGGAAGUGUGGACAUCGAGCACAAGUCCUCGCCAAAAGAUACCUAGAGUGGAUCUAGGGGUUGGGAGUAAUCCUUGCCCCUCCGUCCCUACUCAACACUGCAGCCACAAGUCGGCUCCCACUUCUCCCAUUGCUGGGCUGUCUUCCUCCCGAACUGUCCCUGUGAAAUCUUCCAACUUAUCAGAGAUCAAGUUUAACAGUUUCAAUAAUGCAGGCAUGCCUCCUUUUCCCAUUAUAAUUCGAGAUGAACCUGCCUAUGCCCGCAGCUCCAAGAAUGCUGUUAAGGUACCUAUUGUUAUCAAUCCAAGUGCAUAUGACAACCUUGCUGUGUACAAGAGCUUCUUGGGACUCAGUGGGGAACUGCCACAGCCAAAAGGGGUAGGUAGUCGGGUAACAAGCCAUACUUAUGAAGAGAUCGGGUCCUCUGAGAGUGUCCAGUCCUCUUCAACAGAGAAAACCAUCUCUGGUAGAGGCACAUCAGAGAGAGUCUCUUUUGAGGAGACAAAAGCUCCACCUGAGGCAGUGUCAAAAGCACCACAUUUACAUCCCAAAACCACUACAGACUCUAGCACUGUGACAAACACUGUGACGAGCUCCAAAGGAACCCUCUCUCUCACUACAUCGACGAACGCCCCUGCCAUUCUCACCAUUACUGCAAACCUCCCUAAAACCAGCUCUACUGCCAAUGCUGUUGCACACAAUUGCAGGACAAGUGAAGUUGCUACUUGCAGUAAAGAUGGCAAUACAGACAGGACGGUGGCAUGCCAUAGGGAGGAGGCCAGUGCUGUGCUUUUACAAAUUGUUGCCUCCAUCCAGCCUCCGCAGUCUCCUCCAGAGUCGCCCUCAAUACAAGCCAAUAACUUAAGUUCUGAGGAGCUUUACGCCCUCCCACCUGAUGCCAUGAAGGAGACCCUCACCCGGCCCAAGUCUCUCUUUUCCACAACUGAUGGCUGUCUUUCCAAAACCAAGAAGGACACGCCCUCCAAAGUGUUGUCUAAAUCUCAGAGUGCCUCUGCUGCUGUCCCACUCUCCAGCCCCCGGUCAGAGCCCAGUGCCCCCUUCCCCCCUCCUAGAUCUACAUCUUCCCCUUAUCACGCCUCUAACAUCCUCCAAAGGCAUUUUGGCAACUGGACCAAGAGUUCUGCCGCCAGUUCUCCUGUACGACCAAGUGAAGGCGAAGCGAGUCCAGGUGGAGAGGCGAGACGUAUUUCAGCAGAAAGCUCUAAACCCAAACGCUGGAUCUCCUUUAAGAGCUUCUUUCGUCGGCGGAAAGACGAAGAUGAGCAGAGAGAGAAGGCGGAGAGAGAGAAGGACAAAGGCAAGCUGGUUGGCCUUGACGGAACCGUCAUUCACAUGCUGCCACCACCGCCCGUCCAACAGCAUCUUUGGUUCACCGAGGCCAAGCCGGAGGAUCCCACGCAGAAACCAACCAUCAUCUUCACCUUCAAACCAGAAAGUGGCGCCACCCCUGGUGACGGAGAAGGAGAACUAAGAGUAGAGGAGUGCCGAGAAAAUGCACUGCGGACACCCGAUGAGACCAAGGAAUCCGACCCUCUGAGCCCCGGGCGAACAUCACCUCAUCUCAUCAGCAAGGAUUCCAGCCAGGUACCAGUGAGUGGCAGCGAUGCCAGGGACCGGGAGCUGCCCAGUGUCGCCUCCCUGCCUGCCAAAGUGAAUCUGGGGCUGGUGCUCGGGGAGGGGGAGGGGGGCCGUGCCAGCCAGGUUGCCACACCGGCCUCGGCCAGCGAGGCCAGCGCCGGCCUCGGGGAGCCGGAGGAGGCCGGGAAUCACUCCCACCACUCCCACUCUCCCGCCUCCAGCCACUGCAGCGCCACGUACACCAACCUGGGUGAAUCCAGAGCCAACAUGAUCCCGCUGAAACAGCCACGAAACAUCAAAGCGUCCAACGACACCUUGGCCUCCAUGGACCUGGACGGCCUCGCAGACCAGCCAGCCUCUCAGGCCACACCCCCGCCGCUACCUAAGAAGGCCGUGCCUCGCUCCAGCACCGAACCCAGCCUGGCCGGCAGAGAGUCAGUCCAGGGAGGCGCGAGACUUCGGGCUGAAGCGAGACCCGGGGGCACCAACCUGAGUGUGGCCAACCCCAUCUACGACUUGGACUCCACCUGGGAGACGGCGAGUCAGGAUUCCUCUCUCAGCUCCGAGCCCCACCGGGUCCUCGACCACGAGAGCGGCGACUCCUUGGAGAGGCCGGCAGCUGCCGGCAAGGGCCGUCCGACUACCGGCGCGUCCUCUGUGCUACCGCAACCUCCGUCUGCAUCCGCCACGACCGGCAGAGAGAGGAGGGCCUACCCGAGCACAGAGUCUCUGGCUGGAAGGGGCCGGACCACGGGUCGAGGUGCCGCCCCCGCCGCCGCCGGAGGCUCCAAACCCCAGAGACCCGCUCUGUACCGGGGGUUAGACAGCUGGGAUGAGGUGGUGGGGAAGAUCCGCGGGCUCCACGCGGACACGCUGCGGAAACUGGCGACAAAGUGCGAGGACCGCUUCAUGGCGGGUCAGAAGGAUCACCUGGGAUUCGGCACCGACAGCUGGUCCCACUUCAGGCUGACCACCGGGAAACCCUGCUGCGAGGCGGGGGAUGCGGUGUACUACACCGCCUCCUACGCCAAGGACCCGCUGGUGAACUACGCCAUCAAGAUCUGUCGGAGCAAAGUGAAGGAGACCCAGCAGCAGUUCUUCCACAGCCUCGCCGUGAGACAGAGCCUGGCCGUGCACUUCAACAUUCAGCAGGACUGUGGACACUUCCUGGCUGACGUGCCCGCCCGCCUGCUGCCCUGGGAAGAGGAGGAGGGCGAGAAGGAGGAAGAGGAAGACGGGCAGGAAGAGGUUAAGACUGAAGCUCGGGAGACGGACCCCAAGGCACCAAAUGGGAAACCGGACGAAAGCCAAACGGGUCACAUGAACACCGUGGGCCGCCUGAGGAGCCGAGUGGUGGUCAUCACUCGCGAGGUGCCGUUCCAGACGGUGGCGGACUUCGUCCAAGAAGGCGCGACACGGCACACUCACAACCCGGAGCUGUACGAGCGCCAGGUCUGUCUGCUGCUGCUGCAGCUGUGCUCGGGCCUGGAGCACAUGAAGCCGUACCACGUGACCCACUGCGACCUGCGGCUGGAGAACCUGCUGCUGGUCCACUGCCAACCGGGCAGCCCCUUGAAUCUGGACCAUCUCGAACCCAACAACAACAGCAAUACCGGCACCGGCGGCGGCAGUUCCGGUGCAACCUCCUCCGGCGCCGCCGCCGCCAACGCCACGUGCCCCGCCCGGCUCAUCAUCAGUAACUUCUCACAGGCGAAACAGAAGAGCACCCUCAUGGCCGCCGACCCCGGGACGCUGCGAGACCAGUCUCGCCUGGCACCGGAGAUCGUCACGGCGACGCAGUACCGCAAGUGCGACGAGUUCCAGACCGGGAUUCUCAUCUACGAGACGCUGCACCGGCCCAACCCCUUCGAGGAGACGCCGGAGCUGAAGGAGCGCGAGUACACCUGGGCGGACCUGCCGCCGCUGCCCGUCAAGUCGCUCUAUUCGCAGGGUCUGCAGCAGCUGGCCAGGUUGCUGCUCACCGUCAACCCCUCGGAAAGGAUCCGCAUGUCCGAGGCCCGGGCCUGCCUGCAGUGCCUGCUCUGGGGCCCCCGGGAGGACCUGUUCCAGGCGCUGGGCUGCAGCAGCACGGGCCCCAUGACGGGGGCCACGGCCAGCCAGCGCGAGGCCACCCUCCAGAACUGGCUGGACCUGAAGCGGACGCUGAUGAUGAUCAAGUUUGCGGAGCGCUCGCUGGACGCGGCUUGCGCCGUGAGCCUGGAGGACUGGCUGUGCUGUCAGUAUCUGGCGUUCGCCACCACGGACACCCUGAGCCGCGUGGUGCACAUCCUGCAGCAGCCGCGGCCGCAUCCCCCGGCCCAGAACCAGAGCCAGCCGGCAGCGCCGAGCCAGACUCAAACGCACCAGACGCACGCCCUCCACCUGACUCAGUAACAGCCGCGCUCUGAGUUCCCCUCUGGCCGGCUGUUGCUAUGGCAACAGAAUCCAACUACCCCCCCCCCCCCCCCCCCC